GCAGCAUCCAAACGCAUGUGACAAUCCAAGCGAUUGACAACUUUUUGCGAACAAGACAAAAAGAGUGCGUUGGUUCUCGAGUUUAAAGCGGUUCUUUUUGUGCUGACGCGCUCUGUGCACACCAUACUCAGAUCGAGGGGGAGAGAAACAGAGCAACCGAGGAGGGGGAGUCAGUCUGCACAGACCCAACUUGCAGCCAGGAGCAGAGAGGACGCAUGCAGCGCCGAUGGACACGCAUGCAGCUCCCGCUUCUCCUAAAGUGAAUGCAUGGAUGAUGACAGGGAGACUGGCUGAGUAAGGCGCACGGAGAGACCCCCUGGUAUCGCCCUGGCGCACAUCUGACGGUGCAAUGGACGGCGGGCAGCCAGGAAAUGCCGGAGUUGCCGGGAUCGGGGGAAGCGCAGAGGGAAAGUACCGCGCUCUCGCCUAUGACACGGCGGUCAGCACCCUGCUGGCCGUGGCCCUGUACGUGGUGGUGAAGGUGAGCGUGGACGGCUUCCGGCAGUGGCGGGCCAGGAUCUCGGUGCUCAUCGUGGGUUCCGGACCCGUGGGGCUGACGGCCGCCCUGGUCGCUGUCCGCUCCGGGAAGGUGCUGAAGCUAACCGUGCUGGAUGAGCGGUACCGGAGCGCGCUGCUCUGCCGCCCCCAGCAGAUCGCCCUGGACCCCCGCAGUGUGAAGUUUCUGCUGGGACUCGGAGUAGACUUUGAUAAUAUGGAGGGCUGCUGGAAUAAUGGACACUUCUUCACCAGAAUUGGAGUUUUUCAGGAGUACCUGCUGAGCAUCCUGGAGCAGAAGAAACAGAGAGUGGAGGUCAAGGUGCAACUGGGAACCAAGUUUUCAGAAGAAUACUUGAGGCGGAUCCCGCACAGUGCCUGGCCCCGUGUGAUUGUGGUGGCUGACGGGUCGUGUGGCGACUCCUGCUCCGUGCUGGGGAUCAGCUCCGACUACUCGGUGGAGUCCUGCCAUGCUUACGGAGCGAACGCCACCAUAGAGAGAUUAGACCAGAGACAGGUGCCCACGCCUGAGAUCCGUGCACACAGUCUCUACUUUGACUUGUCUGCCUAUGGAGUAGAAGCCCUCCGAGAACACAGAAACCCAACAGCCAAGUCUGGCUUCCACUUGAAGAUCUAUGGUACCUUCAGAAACCGCUACAUGGCUCUUGUCUGCCCAAGUUCUGAUACCAAGAUGGUUCGCUUCCUCAGACACACCUCAAACUCAUCUAUCAUGAAGAACAUUUUUUACCAGUCCUUUAAUGCCUACAAGACGGACAUCGAACCCCGGCUCAAUGACGUGACGCUUCACCACAUGCAGUGCAGCCGUCGCCUCUUUGAGAUUCAGCUGUCGCACAGACGCAUCAGUGCAGCCUAUAUAGAAGGGGACAAUGCUGCGGUCAUCGUGGAGGGGGAGGCUGCACGAGUCCUCAAUUUUGACACAGGUUUUGGGGUUAAUCUGGGUAUGCGGGGCCUGGAGUCGGUGGGGACUUUCAUUUACAGGACUGCCACAGCUGUGGACCAGAACGAUAUUUUAGAGGCGCUGUCGGCAAAGAUGCAGCACUCCAGACAGGUGGCUGAGACAUUCAAACACACAGGCCUGAAGGAGUCCAUGUAUGAAUGAAGGUAAAGCCUGGAGGACUUUGUGGAUGUGUAACGCCCCCCAGUGGGCAGUGGUGAAUCUUUAAGCGGGCGUUUAGUCUGCUGUUCAUUCUUAUGAGCGGACCAGUGACUUUAAACCUUGAGUAAGCUGAAUCUGUCAUUUCUGUGUCCUUGUGAUGCACAGUUUGGUGCAUUUCUGUGAACUUUACAGGAAACUGUGUUAUCAGUUGUAUUUUUAAACAUUUGAUAUUUUCAGAAAAGGAACCCAUCGUGUCAUUUUUCACGCAAUGAAACAACAUUCAUACAUCAGUAUUACUGAGCUGAGCAGCUAGAUGUUUAGCUCUGACAAAUGUAGAAUCAAACAAAAUAAAUCAUUUCCACCUGUGUUUACCUUCCUGGAGCAGAAAAAUAUUUGUCUUGAUGCAGUAUUUCUGGAGGAUUCAAAAAAACAGCAAAAGAUCACACGUGUAGAAUUGGAGAGCAGACGGUAACGUUACCCAAGUUUAUCUGAUGAGGUGGUAAUGAUUGUCUUUGAGUUUGCUGCCGUGGUCUGUUUUCCUGUGUAAUGGAGACAUCUGAAUACAUUAAUAAGUGGCCUGCAACAUAUCUUGCAAUUUUUUAAGAUGUUUUGGUCAUUGUGAUGUGAAAAGCUUUAAAAAAAAAAGUGAUGUGCCAAUAAAGCUGGGGAAACAUCAAGA